AUGUCCUCCAGCAACAUCCUGUCCCUGCUGGGCUGGUCGUUCCUCCCUAACCUCGCGACCUCCUGGAUCCAGUCCAUCUACUACGGCAUCACGAUCCGCGCCGGCGACCCGCGGCCCGCGCCCAACAGCCCGCGCUUCCUCGAGCACCGCCGGCGCAUCCACAUUCUGGUCGUGUCGGCGUACCUGCUGUACACGCUGUACGAGGCCGACUACGAGCUGACGCGGUCGUCGACCUUCUACGCCGACCUGGGCGUGCCGUUCGGCGCCUCGGACCGCGACGUCAAGUCGCGCUUCCGCCGCCUCGCCGCCCUGCACCACCCGGACAAGGCCGGGGCCGACGGCGGCGACGGCGGCGCCCUCUUCAUGCACCUCAAGACGGCCUCGGACGUUCUCGUCGACCCCGCCCGCCGCUUCGCCUACGAGCGCUUCGGCCCCGAGAUCGUCGCCUGGAAGCACUGCGCCACCAUCCGCGACUUCGUCCUGCGCGGCAGCCAGGUCCUGCUGCCCUACUACGGCGCCGCCGCCGCCGUCAUGUACGUGCUGGGCCUGCUGGGCUACCUGGAAUGGGGCCGCUACUGGCGCUGGCUGACGCUGGUGUGCCUGUGCGUCUUCGAGCUGCACACGGUCACGCGGCCCGACUUCCCCUGGUUCGUGGGCGCCGUCGUCAACCCGCUGCUGGCGCGCUUCACCACGCACGCGCCUUACCUGCCCUUCCAGAUCAUCAGCCUGGCGCGCAAGUGCAGUAUUACGCUCUACAUCGCCUUCAGCCAGAUCGGCCCGCUGCUGCAGCCGCCGGGUCAACAAGGUGUCAGCCCGGGCGACGCAUCCGAGAAGGCGCUGAGACAGGGUUUAGACCGGCUAGAGCAGGCGGCACGUGCCCUCGAUGCGGACUCUGGCCGGCUCAUGGAGUUGGAGAUGGCGCCAUUUGCUGGGGACCCGGAAGCGGUGAACGGAAUGCGGACAAAGCUGCAGGAGUGGCUGGUGCAAAACACCAUCAGGUCGGAUCCCAUGGUGAGAGAUGCAUUGGGCAGGUCUCUGCAGAAGAGACGGGUCGAUGCGCCGGCAGGAGCACGAGGGACUAAGUGA